AUGAAGGCGUCUGCCUAUGACCGACAGGUGAAAUGGUCACGUAGCUGCGUGAAUAUGUCCUGACGCGUUAAAUAUGUGCGCGGUUAGUUGAUGAUGAGGAGUCAUGUGCGCGGGGCGCAAGUUCCAAAAGUUUGGAUAUCUUCCUCGGACAUCUUAAUUGGUGGAUUAGAAGCCCUGUCUAGAGAGGAGAACUGGGUGACCCUGAAUGGUCAGCGUAGUAGAGAGAGAUUACUGGUGCCAUUUUGGCCGCGUGACGUCAUCCCAAAUGGGCGCCAUUCCAGAAGUGCCGGGACAUCCCAAGAUGAGUCACAAAGAUAACCCGGAACAGCCACAGGUGACCCCAACCCAGCCCUGCGAGGUACAGCGGAAAGCAUCUCCACCAGUUCAGGCACCAGUAAAGUCCGAUGCCAUAGUCCAUAGCAAUAGUAAAUGCACUGCUGUCCAGAAGCCUCAAGCCAGCAAUGAGACCCCAACGAAAGCUCCUCCUCAUCCGCAGCAAACGUCUGUGCCGCCGACACCUGACGCCAAACAGGUUGUCCAGCAGACACGGCCCGAGCGAAGUCAGAAAUUGCUUUCCCGGUCCAGCAGCGAACAGUCGAGUCACCGGCCAUGUUCUGGCCAACACAAACCAUCCGCACUGGCGUCAACGAAACUGAACAAGGGCAUAACGCAAAAGAAUGAAGCAUAUCUGGUGUCGCGACAAAAAUCCGAGCCUGGUUCUGCCUCUCGGCCUGCAGUUGAAAGAGAAGCAAAGCAGAGAUCCCUCUCGGAAUCGAGCUCGGCUGCCAAAGAAUUUUCCCUUCCGCAAGUCCAGGUGACGUCUCAGAAGGAGACUGAUGCAUCCAAGCCAUGUCAGGCGCGAGUCAGUGAACCUAGUCAAGAAACCGGUGCGUGCCAAUCUUUCAGCGAUGCUCCGUCGGAUGCCGCGAUGCAGCGCCGCGGAUCGUCGGCGUCCGUACCUGAACUCCAGCUGGAUUCAAAGAAGCGAUCUGUUGCUCAAGAAUUGGCAGAUGUUGGAUCAAAGCUGGAACUUUGUGUGACGAGUAGCUCGUUGAACAGUGUGGUGUGUGGCUCGUCGGACUCUGACUCCCACGAGAGCAGCAGGGGGGGCGGGGCGGACAUGGGGUCCGACGGAUUGCGUGUGCAGUUUGCCAGAGGAGCGGGUGACCAAAAGGAUACACUGUCAACCGCGAGCAGCAGUUGUUUGUCGCUGAAUCAAAUGCCAAAGUCUGUGUCGUUUCAUAGUGGAACUAGUCUGCCAGCUGAACGGAAGAUUUGCAGUGCUCACGACUGUCUGCAGUUCAUGAUCACGGGCAGCAGUCUACUUAAAAUCCGUGCCAGUUCGAGGCAGUACCGCAGGUACUUCACAUUAGAAGAGGACCUCUCUGCUGUUAAGUGGGUGCCAUCUUCAAAAAAGUCCAACAAGGCUAGACUUUCAAUCCGUUCGAUUCGUGAAAUCCGAAUGGGUAAGAGCACGGAUGUGCUGCGCGACAAGGAAGUUGCCGGAUGCUACUCCGAGGACUGUGUCUUUUCCAUCGUCUAUGGCGACAACUUUGAGUCCCUGGACCUGGUUGCAACGACGCCCGACGAGGCGAACUUCUGGGUCACAGGUCUUAACAUGCUCAUAGCGGCCAACCGAUCCCCAGACAACAUGGACGAACGCCAAAGAAUGAGGGAAAAGUGGCUUCAAGAAAUGUUUGAAAGGGCGGACACGGAGCGCCGUGGACUGCUCGACGAGGUGGAGACGAUAGCUCUAGUCCAGAAACUCAACAGCCAACUCAGCACGGUUCGGCUGAAGCAGAAAAUAAUGGAAUUUGACAUGGGGAAAACUGAGCAAGACAGGGGCCGUAUCGACCGCUCUCAGUUCGUUAGCCUCUUUAAAGAAUUAGCUACAAGGCCCGAAAUUUACUUUCUAAUGGUCAGGUAUUCUGGGAAGGACUACUUAACUGUCGAGGAUUUGCAGUUCUUCCUCGAGGGGGAGCAAGAGUUUGAAAAUGUCACGGUGGAAGAUUGCCUGGAACUAAUAAAACGCUACGAGCCAUCGGAAGAAGCCCGCAAAAAUAGUCAGAUGUUGUUAGAUGGUUUCACAUUGUUUUUGUUGUCAGAGGAAUGCUCACUCAUGGAUCAAUCCCACAAGGAAGUUUUCCAGAGCAUGGACCAGCCCCUGGCCCACUACUUCAUUUCAACUUCCCACAAUACUUACCUUCUAGAAGAUCAACUGAAAGGACCCUCUGGUGUUGAUGGUUAUGCUAAAGCUCUGACUCAAGGUUGCCGUGUCGUGAAAGUGGACUGCUGGGACAGUCCUUGUGGACCUGUUGUUUAUCAUGGAAACACGCUGACAUCCAAAGUUCGCCUGGAGGACGUCUUGGAUACGAUUCAUGAAUAUGCCUUUCGGUUUUCAGAAUACCCAUUAAUUAUGCACUUGGAGAACCAUUGCUCACCCGACAGCCAGAGGACCGUGGCAGACCUACUCAACGAGAAGCUGGGGGACCUGAUCUAUGUUCCGCGGCGCGACGGCCCCAACAUCGGCGCCCAGGCGUCACCGAGUUCACUGAUGAGGAAAAUUCUCAUUCAGGGAAAAAAGUUACCAAGCACGUUCGACGGAGACGAAGCUGAGGCCUCGGAGGAGGACGACUUUGUCGACAGCAACAGCUGUUCGGCGGCCGGUUCCAAAAAGCUCAAGUUGUGCCGUGCUCUGUCAGAUUACAUCAGCCUAGCGAGGGUCCACUUCACAGACUUCGCAACUUCACAACAGUCCCAAGCGGAGUAUGAAAUCUGCAGCUUCAGCGAAACAUCCGCGAUGAAGUUGGGGCAUGCGUUGGCAGAUGAAGUGGCCACGCACACCAAACGGUUCCUGACUCACGUCUCUCCAAACGCUAGUCGCGUCGAUUCGAGCAAUUACAGCCCACUAGAGCUGUGGGCUUGCGGAUUUCAAAUGGUUGCUCUCAAUUUCCAAACGUCUGGCACCCCGAUGGACCUUCACCGCGGAUGGUUCCAGCAGAACGGGGGUUGCGGCUACAUCCUGAAACCCUCGUGCCUUCGUCAACCGUGGGCUGUUUUCAAUGCCUAUCGCAGAGAGACUUUUGCCGACAAUGAGCCGCUCUACCUGCGAGUAAAGAUCAUCAGCGGACAGCAGCUUCCUCUUCCUCGCGGUGCGUCGAGCAAGGCAACGGCAAUCGAUCCGUACGUCACCGUACAGGUCUUCGGAAUUCCGACGGAUUGCGCUGAAGCGAGAACAAAAACAGUCUCGAACGAAGGUCAUUCUCCAAUCUUUGACGAGAGCUUUGAGUUCACGAUGGCGGCUCCAGAACUGGCAUUGUUGCGCUUCACGGUCCUGGAUGACGAGUUCAUCGGGGACGACUUCAUUGGGCAGCAUUCCAUUCCAGUGUGUUGCCUGAAAACAGGUUACAGGCACAUCCAACUGCUCGGCGACACUGGAAACACGCUACAGAAUUCGACACUUUUUCUGCACGUCACCAUGAGCACGCGGUCGGGGGACAAGAAGCUUAAGAGGAAGAGAUCGUGGCAAGCCCGCACCCAAGCAGAAAUGCGACACAUCGGAAUUCGACAGAUAGAUGAGACGUGCAAGGUGGGAUCUUGGGCACUGAACGAAUGCCAGCGCCUGCGUGGAGCUCUAGAUCGAGCAACCCUGGAGGCCUGCGAGGAGUGUGGCCUACCCAGCGGCGCCAACCUCGCCCAGUGCCUGCGCGCCCUCGUUUUACGCCUGGCGGCCACACCAGAGGUCGUGAGCUUGCACAUCACAGAAGAGAAGGGGUUUCCUGUAUUGAAAGUGCAAGGUGAACUUCCUCUAAAAGCAAGCAAGGUAGUGACAGCCUUUGAAAAGGUUCUCGCAGAAUGUAAGCUUGUGUCGGAAACGUCCCAGUCUGUCUUGAAGACGCUUAAAGAUCUUUAUGCAACGAUGAAGACCUAUGCAGAAGAUCUCAACACGCUUUGUUCUGCUGCCGGGUUGAAGGGCAAGAAAGCUGAGAAGGCUGCCGAGCAUUUUAUCUGGAAUGCCAGUAUUAUCGAGGCCAGGAUGGACAUGGUGCAGAAAGUUGGACAGGAAAGCCUUCUCUACAUGAAGCAGGUGCUGCGCCUUGGCCCAACCGCACGGAGAGUCUUCAACCGCGAGCGCGACGGCUCCUCUUGGCGUUUCGUCGCCACUCCCUCGGACCACCCGUCGUCCCACGGGGGCGGCGUCACCCUCUCCGUAGGGGGGUUGUCCCCGGCCCACCCUCCUCCUCCGCCCACCCCAACGUCUCCGGGCGACACUCGAAUCCGGGGCAUCCUCAAGAAGACGGGAAAUGCUCCUCCUCCGCUGACGGCUCUCGACGCUGCUGAGCUGUCCAACGGGGACUCAGCCGCCCCGUCUCCAUCCCCCAGGACUCGCGAGGCGUUGGCGGGAGACUUGAGUGCGACUAGCGCCCUCUAGGGCUUGCCGUCCGCAAAGUUUUAGUCGGCCGUCUAGCAAGUUGGUCGGGAGGUCGAACAGCCCCCAGCGUGGCAGGAAGAGGUAUGGCCAGCGUCUGUUUUGUUUGUACAUGGAACACCUUUUUGUAUUUUAAGCUUUUUUGGACUGUUUGAAUGGUGAAAGGCUGAGUCAUUUUUAUUUUGCUACACGAUAUAUUUUGGGUUGUUUACGUCUUGUAUAUUGCACUAUACUUUUUCCUUUGUGCAAACCUGGAUUUAUACUUAUUGUAACGUAUUUAAUGUUCAAGAAACAUGAUGGAAGCCACCGCAGAAACUACAUUUUUGUGCGCUAGGCUUCGGAGGAUGAUUUGUAAAUUUAUUAGGAUUGAAAACGAGGCUCAACGUAAUUUAGAAGGUCAGUUACUGUCAGCUUGUCGGCACCAUUUCGCUUUCGUCGGUCAGUUAUUGACUUUGUAAACAUGUACGACGUCGACAGCUGUAUCAGCCAACACAUUACCCGCAGGUUCCGUAUUCCCUGUUAUUGAGUAAGAAAAAUGUUUUUGCUGCAUCAGUUCUAUUCAGGGAAGAAAUCUGCCACUAUCAGCAAAGAAAAUUCUCUUUCUUUUUUUAUCUUAUCAUCCGCAGCACGUAUAUUUUUGUGAAACGUACGUUUACAGAUGCCACUCAUACUCACGAUUGCCGCCAACCGACGGUGUGUCAGGCGCGAACCUUCACCUCUUCCGUGCCACUUGCACGCUUAGAGAUUGCACUCGAGUGCACUUGCCAGCAGUAGGGCGCAAAAGAUUGCGACUCGCUUUCCGAAGCAAUUUCCAAGUCCCUCGCAGAAAACGCACCCCAUUUGUAAAUACGGACAUAGGUGUUGUCCCAGUCUGUGCAUAGCUCUUUUAUAUAUAACUGUACAUACAAAAAUACAUAGAGGUCGGAACGUCGUACUCCUCCUAGACAGGAACGCCAUUGCCCCAGGAAGGCCGUAGAACCGUACCGAGAGUUCCACGCCUGACCACAAAGAGUAUCACGAGCCCCAUGACGAAGUGUAAAGUGUAUGUUGUGUUUGAAUGUUUCCUCUCGUUUUACUUUUCUUUUUUUUUUUUAUGGCCUUUUAGCUCUCUGUACAUAUACCUGUGAGAUGUUUUAUUUCAGAAUGUGUCUUAAUAUUCCUAGAAGUAUAGUGCUCACACAAGCGAGAAUGGGAUGUUUAUGGAGUUUUUGCUGUUAUGCCCCCCCGAGUAUAUCCUGUUGUGGAAAUAGAAGUUUUUCCAGCGUUGUUGUUAUGUUUCUCCUCUGAGAGAUGUUUUUCUUUUCAAAUACACCGAGGUACUUGACA